AGUCAGACAUACAUAGCCGUUCUCCUUUCUCCAUCUCUCUACACCCGGAAAAGAUAGAGGAAAAAACGGAGUCGAUCUAUACAUUUCUUCCUCGACGUUUUUUUUUCCCUUUUCCCGUUUCUUCGAUUCUCAAAAGCAGCUACUGUAAUGCCUGUUCAUUCUUUGAGAUCUCAUUUACAGACAGAAGCAAAUAGUUCUAGAUCUUUGAAACAUGAGUGCUUCGCCAGAAAGGAGCUUGAGCGAAAAUGGGAGAUAUGACAGCUCAAAUGGAGCUCAUGCUGAUGUUAAUAUUCAAUCAGUGAUUGAGUGGUUAAACCGUUCGCUACCUCAUUUAAAUUUGCCAUCGGAUGCGUCGGAGGAGAAACUGAGAGCAUACUUGAUUGAUGGCACUGUCUUGUGUAACAUUCUGGACAAGCUCUGUCCUGGUUUAGUUGAAAUGAGAGGCAAUUCUGAACCUGGACCAGAAAAUAUCCGAAAGUUUUUAGCAGCGAUGGAUGAAAUUGCAUUGCCUAGGUUUGUACUUGCUGACAUACAGGAGGGAUACAUGGAACCGGUUCUGCAGUGCCUUGGGACACUUAAAACUCAUUUUGAGUUUACUGGUGGGAAAGAGAGCAUCCGUGAACAUCUAAGAAGAAGAUGGAAUCUACCGAAGGUAGAAUUUUCAGAGGGAAUCACUAACUCGCUAGUGUACACAGCAACAUGCGAUGAAAACCCUGCCAUAAAUGGAGACGAGAGGCAACAAGAUUCUUUUGAGAACAAAUAUGGAAGCAGCUUGGAUGAUUCUAUCUCUUCAGAGUCUGCUGCUUUGGCGCAUGAUGCUGCACACAAGUUAUCUGAGAUGUUCCAACAAAAGCAAGGGUCCUACGCUGAUCUUUCAGAUUCCAAUAUCUUGGAAUUGAUGAAAUCAAAUGGGUUCGAUAAUGCCUCUACUCGAACAUUGUUCAGCUCAGUGAACAGAAUUCUGGAAGAAAACAUUGAAAGAAAGAAUGGGCAUGUCCAUCAUAUGGCUCUUAUAUUGAAGAAAGUUGUGCAAGUUAUUGAACAUCGGGUUUCAACCCAAGCAGUGAACUUGAAAGAUCUAAACAAUCUUUAUGAGGUUCACUUGGGAAAGUGCCAAUCACGAAUAAAAGUUCUAGAGACCCUUGCAGCUGGAACCACAGAAGAAAUUCAGGUUUUGUUGUCAAAGCUGCAACAAAUCAAGAUUGAGAAAACUAAAAUAGAGAAAAAGAAAAAGCUUGAAGAGCAGGAACUACUUAGAACAAGGCAAGAGAAAAUCCACAGUGAUAUUGAGAACUCCACGCUGAAACAUGAACUAGAAAUAGCCAAGACGGCGCAUGAAGAGCACUGCUUGCUAUUGCAAAUGCGGGCUGAGGAAACUAAAGUUCAAUUGGAGAAGAAAUUAAUGGAAUUCAAAUGUUUUUUAACAGAAUCAAAGGAGAGGGUGAAGGAGCUCGAGUCAUUUUCAGAAUCUAAAUAUCAGAGAUGGAAAAGCAAAGAGGGCACCUAUAAAAGCUUCAUAGAUUAUCAAUCUAGAGCUUUACAGGAAUUAAGGGGAGCUUCUGACUUUCUAAAACACGAGAUCUUGAAGACCAAAAGGAGUUACGCUGAGGAAUUUAAUUUCCUGGGUGUGAAGCUUAAAGGACUAGUUGACGCUGCUGCAAAUUAUCAUUCUGUUCUUGCAGAAAAUCGAAGAUUGUACAAUGAGGUUCAGGAUUUGAAAGGCAAUAUUAGAGUGUAUUGUCGAAUAAGGCCAUUGCUUCCUGGACAAUCUAAGAAGCGAACAACAGUAGAAUAUAUUGGUGAAAAUGGUGAAUUGGUUAUUUCGAAUCCCUCAAAACAAGGAAAAGACAGUCAUAGGCUCUUCAAAUUUAACAAGGUUUUUGGCCCAGCAGCUACUCAAGAGGAGGUGUUUUUAGAUACCCAACCACUAAUUCGGUCUGUCCUUGAUGGAUACAAUGUAUGUAUAUUUGCAUAUGGUCAAACGGGCUCAGGAAAGACCUAUACAAUGAGUGGGCCUAAUAUAACAUCACAAGAAGAUUGGGGGGUCAAUUACCGAGCACUGCAUGAUCUUUUCCAGAUCUCUCAGCACAGGAAAAGCUCCAUCUCAUAUGAAGUUGGAGUUCAAAUGGUUGAAAUUUACAAUGAGCAAGUUCGUGAUUUACUCUCAACUGAUGGUCCUCACAAAAGACUUGGGAUUUGGAGCACAACCCAACCAAAUGGUUUGGCUGUCCCUGAUGCCAGCAUGCAUGCGGUUACAUCAACUGCAGAUGUAUUAGAAUUAAUGAACAUUGGCUUAAUGAACCGUGCAGUGGGUGCUACAGUACUAAAUGAAAGAAGUAGUAGAUCCCACAGUGUUCUCACUGUUCAUGUCUAUGGCAUGGAUUUAGAAACUGGUGCUGUUUUACGUGGCAACCUACAUUUGGUUGAUCUUGCUGGUAGUGAAAGAGUGGAUAGAUCUGAAGCUAUUGGAGAGAGGUUGAGGGAAGCACAACAUAUUAACAAAUCACUAUCCGCCCUUGGGGAUGUAAUAUUUUCCUUAGCUCAAAAGAGUCAGCAUGUGCCAUUCAGAAAUAGCAAACUAACUCAAGUGCUUCAAAGUUCGUUAGGCGGUCAAGCAAAGACCCUUAUGUUUGUGCAGCUUAAUCCUGACGUAGAUUCCUAUUCUGAAACUGUAAGUACUUUGAAGUUUGCUGAGAGGGUUUCAGGGAUUGAGUUGGGUGCUGCAAAGAGCAAUAAAGAGGGAAGAAAUACAAGAGAACUUAUGGAGCAGGUUGCGUUCCUCAAAGACACAAUUUCAAGGAAAGAUGAAGUGAUUGAGCGGUUGCAGCAGCUCAAGGCGAAUGUCAAUGGUGUGAAGUGUGGUAUGAAUUCACAUGGGUAUGAUUCUUCUUCUCCAAGAAGAUAUUCAAAUGGGACUGCACUACAUAGCCCUAGGCUCUCAGGAAGGAAAGGUUCAAGACUUUUUGAGAAAGCAUCUUCUGAUACAGACAACUGCUCAGAGCACAGUGAAAGACGCUCUGAAGCUGGUUCUGCACAGUCGAAGGAUAACUUUCAACAUAAAAAAAUGUUGCUUCCACAGUCAAAGUCAAAGGAUGACUUGACACUCAAUAAAGAAUUUGUCUCUCGGCCAAAUUUUGUCGGAACAUGUUUGUCUCAUAAAGAUAAAGAAGACCUUGAUCUCUUGGGCUUUGGAAGUGCAGAUUCUGAGGAGCGAUUAAGUGACAUAUCUGAUGGUUGUCUUUCAAGAGCUGAAACUGAAGGCUCUCUGGGUAGUGCAGUAGAGUUCACUCUUUUCCCUGAAUCUAAACCAUCUGAAGCUACAAAACCAGUUGAAGUUGCAAAACCGGUUGAAGCUGCAAAACCAGCCAAGAAGGCUGCGAACAAGAAACCGAGUUUCGUAUCUAGGCUUCCUAAGCCUUCACAAAAGCUGGCACAAACAAGAUUACCUCGUCUGUCAACGACUAUCAGCUCUGCCUCUAAGGCUUCAUCAAGUAUGUCAGCAGCCAGGAAACCUCCUGCAAGCAGUUUCUCUGCAACCAAGCCGGUGAAACAAUGGCACUAAAAGUGAAGGAGUUUUAGAUGGUAGAAUGAUUGAAGCCUAACCUUGGCAGAAUGUGAUUCUAACUUGUAAUGAUUAUUAUUACCAACAAUUACUUCCAUUUAUCUCGUGGGAGUGUUUGUGCUUGUAUAUAGGCAAUGGUAACCUAUUUAGGUUUCACCAUUGUCACUCUAUAACAUCACAAUUUUUUUUUAA